GGUUUAGAAAAGAAUAAAAGAGCAAAGCCACAGCAAAGAGAAGAGAAAAGAAGAGAUUUGGAGAGUUUCUCAGUUUCCAAAAACACCGACACAGUGCUGGAGGUGGUUUAAGUAAAGAGAAGUACAAAAACCUGAACCCUAGUUGAAAAUUUUGGUAUCUCUUUUUGUGAACAAAAUGUUUGGAGAUUGCCAAGUGAUUUCAACGAUGGGAGGGAGCAUAGUUUCAACAGAAAACCUCUUUUCAUCACAGCCGGUAGUGCAAAACCAAAACUUCAACUUCAUGCCUUUCCAUCCAUUUUCUCCCGUGGCUUCUCAGAAAGAAGAGAAUGGAUUACUGAUGAGAAGUGCUAAAGAAGAGAUGGAGAGCGGGUCGGGAAGUGAACAAGCUGAGGACAAAACAGGGAAUGAGCUGGAGAGCAAUGAGCAACAACCCGGCCAAAAGAAGAAACGCUACCACAGGCACACUGCUCGCCAGAUCGAAGAAAUGGAAGCCUUGUUUAAAGAAUGUCCACACCCAGAUGACAAGCAAAGGAUGAAACUGAGCCAAGAACUCUGCCUCAAGCCACGGCAAGUGAAGUUUUGGUUCCAAAACCGGCGUACCCAAAUGAAGGCGCAACAAGACCGGACAGAUAAUGUGAUACUUAGAGCGGAAAAUGAGACCUUAAAGAGUGAGAAUUAUCGGCUACAAACGGAGCUGCGCAAUGUUAUAUGUCCUAACUGUGGAGGUCCAGCCAUGCUUGGGGGUUUUCCCUUUGAAGACAUUCACCUUGAGAACGCCCGUCUCAGAGAAGAGUUAGAUCGUGUUUGUUGCCUAGUUUCGCGAUACAGCGGCAGGCCAAUGCAAACAAUGGCUUCAGCUCCUUCUCUGAUCACUCCUUCCUUGGACUUGGACAUGAAUAUAUAUACAAGUCAUUUUCCGGAGCCAAUGUCUACUUGCACUGACAUGAUGCCCAUGCAAAUGCUGCCUGAAACUUCCAAUUUUCCAGAGGUUGGUCUGCUAUUGAUGGAAGAGGAGAAAUCUCUUGCAAUGGAGCUAUGCAUUUCAUCCAUGGAUGAACUUGUCAAGAUGUGCCGACUUAACGAUCCUCUAUGGUUUCGUAACAAUGAAAAUGGAAAGGAGAUCCUUAAUGUUGAAGAGCAUGGCAGGAUGUUUCCAUGGCCUUUGAAUCUCAAACAGCACUCAACGGAGCUCAGGACUGAAGCUACCCGUGAUAAUGCUGUGGUUAUAAUGAAUAGCAUUACUCUAGUGGAUGCCUUCCUCGAUGCAAAUAAAUGGAUGGAGUUGUUCCCUUCCAUUGUUGCUCGAGCAAAGACUGUUCAAAUCAUUGCAUCUGGUGUUUCUGGAGCAAGCGGUUCUCUUCAGCUGAUGUAUGCAGAAUUGCAAGUUCUUUCUCCUUUGGUUCCCACUCGGGAGGCAUAUUUUCUUCGUUACUGCCAACAGAAUGUUGAGGAGGGAACUUGGGUUAUCGUUGAUUUUCCCAUUGAUGGCUUCCAUGACAAUGUUCAGCCUUCCUUUCCCCUAUACAGGAGACGCCCAUCUGGCUGCGUUAUUCAAGACAUGCCCAAUGGUUACUCAAAGGUUACAUGGGUAGAGCACGCCCAGAUAGAAGAAAAACCUGUUCAUCAGAUUUUCAGUCACUUUGUGUACAGUGGCAUGGCCUUCGGCGCACAUCGGUGGUUAGGAGUCUUACAGCGGCAGUGCGAGAGAGUGGCCAGCCUGAUGGCCAGAAACAUCGCUGAUCUAGGAGUGAUACCCUCUCCGGAAGCACGAAAGAACUUGAUGAGACUAUCCCAGAGAAUGAUACGAACAUUCUGUGUCAACAUUAGCACUUCUAGCGGCCAGUCGUGGACGGCUUUGUCAGAUUCCUCUGUUGACACUGUUAGAAUCACCACAAGGAACAUCACAGAGCCUGGUCAACCUAAUGGUGUCAUUCUUGGUGCUGUAUCAACAACUUGGCUGCCAUAUUCUCACUUCCAAGUCUUUGAUCUCCUGAGAGAUGAACGACGCAGAUCUCAGCAGCUUGAUGUUCUUUCCAAUGGGAACGCCUUACAUGAGGUGGCUCAUAUUGCUAAUGGCUCUCAUCCAGGAAACUGCAUUUCUCUUCUUCGGAUCAACGUUGCUAGCAAUUCAUGCCAGCAUGUGGAGCUAAUGCUGCAAGAGAGCUGCACGGAUCAGUCUGGCAGCCUUGUGGUCUACACAACCAUUGACGUUGAUUCCAUUCAGCUGGCGAUGAGUGCCGCGGAUCCAUCCUGCAUCCCAGUUCUCCCCUUAGGGUUUGUCAUAGUCCCAGUAGAGCAAAUCAAGGAGACUGCAAGCGGUCAAGGCAACUCAAUCUCAUCACAUGAAGAUGCCAAUAUCCCAAACUCAGGAUGCCUACUCACAGUUGGCCUUCAAGUUCUCGCCAGCACAAUCUCAUCAGCUAAACUUAGCCUGUCCAGCGUCACCUCAAUCAAUAACCAUUUGUGCAACACGGUGAACCAAAUCAGCGCUGCUCUCAGUAAUGCCACAAACACAGCCAUGGCCACCAACGCCAGCUUCACUGAGAGUAAUGCCAGCCUUGUGGGGUCUUGCGUAGAGCCGAAUGGCGCACCAAAGCAAUAGUUUUAUCAUCUGAUGAGAUUAAGGUGAAUUUCAAAGGAAGAUUAGGAGAAUGUGAAAUAAGUUCGAAGUAGUAUAAGUAAUAUUAUGACUUGGUAAAUAAGGAAGAACAUUAUUAUAUAAUGUUAAAGUGAGUAGUUGAUAUUUUGUGUGAUGGAAAAGAGGAGUCAAGAGCGCACCAGAUGUAAUCCCUUGGCUCUUGGUAAGGCCCUCAGAGAGAAUUAAAGAAGAUGGGGCCUCACCAGGCAGCAAGGGUGGUGGUUCGGGUAUUGACUUCUUCUAGCUCUCUUGGUUGAGUUGUUAUACUCUCAGUAUUUAUAUAUCUUCUAUCUUCUAUCUUA